AUGAUUUGCUAUGCGCUUCAUGGCGGCGGACCUCCCGAGCGAAGCGGUUGCGAGCUCGUGACGUGGCCAGCGCCGACAACACGCCCGUCAUGCACGAAGAUCUACUCGACGCUGCACGUCGCACUAGUGUGUGUUGUGCGGGAACGUCGCGCGCGUCACAGUUUCAGAACGCCAUCGACUGAGUACGAAGUGGAGAACUUCAACAUCGCGCACAAGCCGCGCAGCAUUCGUAAGAAGCUCGUCUCGCUCACGCUGAAGCGUAAGUCUAAGAUCACGGCUGAGGUGACGCGAGGCCUCGAGGACGGCAGUGGAGGCGGCGAGUACAGCAGCGAUUACUUGGGCCUCGAGGACCGGCCGACGUCGAACCUGGAGAAGCUACACUUCAUCAUCGGCAACGGCAUCCUGCGGCCGGAGCUGCGGGACGAGAUCUACUGCAUGAUCUGUAAGCAGCUGACCCAGAAUCCGUCACAGAGCAGCUACGCUCGAGGCUGGAUCCUGCUGUCUCUAUGCGUCGGCUGCUUCGCUCCAUCCGAACGCUUGAACUACGUGAAGUAUCUUCGUAACUUCAUCCGUGAGGGACCUCCCGGGUAUGCGCCGUACUGCGACCAGCGGCUGAAGCGCACCUUCCAGAACGGGACGCGCAACCAGCCGCCGAGCUGGCUGGAGCUGCAGCGGCAGAGCUACAUGGCGACGGAGAAGGUGCCACCGCUUAAGGUCAAGGAGGACAUCGUCAACUACGCCAAGUACAAGUGGCCGCUGCUGUUCUCGCGAUUCUACGAGGCGUACAAGUUCUCUGGACCGAACCUGCCGAAGAACGACGUCAUCAUCGCCGUCAACUGGACGGGCGUCUACAUCGUCGACGACCAGGAGCAGGUGUUGCUGGAGCUCAGCUUCCCGGAGAUAACGGCCGUCUCGUCCAACAGCGACUACACCCCCAAUGAAGGCAACGAGGAGGGCGUGAGCUUCCUCACCUUCCAGAAGGGAGACCUCGUCGUUCUGGACGAGCCCAUGUGCGAGGACAACACGGGAUGGCUGUACGGGCUGUGCGUGCGCACAAAGCAGAAGGGAAACUUCCCGGCAGACGUCACCUACAUCCUGCCUGUGCUCACGAUGCCACCCGCCGAGAUUGUCGUACGUAUCGUCGCCACGGCAACGCGUCGCGAGGGGUCGAUUGCUGAGUGCGAUCCGAGACCCCCUGAGUCCACGGAGGCGUUGCCAUGGCUUCGCUUGCCGGUGCUCAGUACAUGGGCGACCCAUCCGUCGCGGCGCAGUCGCACGGAAACGAGCUCACGACACCAUCUUGGAGGACCGCUGAAAUACGACGUGCUUCGCGACGAGAUCUACUGCCAGGUGAUGAAGCAGCUGACGGAGAAUCGUAACCGCGUGAGCGAGGAGCGUGGCUGGGAGCUGAUGUGGCUGAUGACGGGCUGCUUCGCCUGCAGCGCCAACCUGCUCAGGAGGCCGAAGGCCGUUCCUGCGUCACCGAGCGCCAACCUCAUCCGAUCGCCAGGGACUGGCCUAGACCGCCUGCGCACCGCACCAUCGCGCGUUCCUGCGCACGCGCCACCACCCGAUCCCGCCAUGGGACUGCCUGAGCCGCCUGCACCAGCACACCGGAAUGGGCAGCGGAAGUUCCCGCCUCAUCAGGUUGAAGUGGAGGCCAUACAGCACAAGACGACACAGAUAUUCCACAAGGUCUACUUCCCAGACGACACCGACGAGGCAUUCGAAGUUGAUUCGAGUACGCGAGCGAAGGACUUCUGCAAUAACAUCGCGAGUCGCCUCGGUCUCAAGUCUGCGGAAGGCUUCAGCUUGUUCGUGAAGAUCGCCGACAAAGUGAUCAGUGUACCAGAGGGAGACUUCUUUUUCGACUUUGUGCGCCAUCUGACAGACUGGAUUAAGAAAGCGCGCCCGACCAGAGAUAACGUGACGCCACAGUUCACGUACCAAGUGUUCUUCAUGAAGAAACUGUGGACGAACACCGUUCCCGGGAAAGACAAGAUGGCCGACAUCAUCUUCCACUUCCACCAGGAGCUGCCCAAGCUGUUGCGCGGCUACCACAGCUGUACUAAAGAGGAGGCCGCUUCGCUCGCAGCACUCAUAUUCAGGGUCAAGUUCGGCGACGACAAGCGAGCGUUCCAGAACAUUCCCUCGAUGCUGCGGGAGCUGGUUCCGGCGAACCUGCUUCGCGCUCAGACGCACGACGACUGGAAGAAGAGCAUCGUCGUCAGCUACAACAAGAGUGGCGCCCUCUCUGUGCAGGAUGCCAAGAUCGCCUUCCUCAAGAUCAUCUUCAGAUGGCCGACCUUCGGGUCAGCGUUCUUCGAGGUCAAGCAAACGACCGAGCCAAACUAUCCGGAAGUCCUGCUCAUCGCAAUUAACAAGCAUGGGGUCAACCUCAUUAACCCCGAAACUAAGCAAAUUCUCGCGAUGCAUCCGUUCACGAAGAUCUCCAACUGGAGUAGUGGCAACACGUACUUCCACAUGACGAUCGGGAACCUGGUUCGCGGCAGCAAACUGCUGUGUGAAACCUCGCUGGGCUACAAGAUGGACGACCUGCUCACGUCCUAUAUCAGUUUGAUGUUGACCAACAUGAACAGACAGAAGGGCUACCGACGAUGAGUUACGCCACGACGACGAUGACGCGUGGAAAGUAUGUCUGAAUAUAUACAAUUUUAUAUUAACGACGCUACGGACGUAGACGGCGACGAUUUCAAAAACGCGCUCACUCAUCGUGCGCAGCCGUCUAGAUCUGUUUCAGGGCUUAUGCUUGCAGUAUAUAUACGAUGUAAUUAAUUAAUAACUAAAACGAAUCUUGCAGAAUCCACGCUGUCCAAAGAACGCAAUGAAUGUAUCCAUUUCGGUGAUUAAUAUAAUAUGAACAGAUCACCUUGGGGAUGUAGUUGCAAAGUGGGGCAAGUUGCUGAGUGAGGGUGCAUACUUUGAGUUUUUGUUUAAUUGGACGUGCCUUGUGAGAUGUGUUUUUUUUUUCGAUAUGCGAGCGAGUGUAAUGAUGAUAAUAUCGCGUGCGAUUGCACACGUUUAUAUACAGCUUGCGUUUUGACGCUGUGCGUUUUCUACAAUUUCCGGGGUGGGUUUUGAUAUCAGGAUCAUUGGUGCGAUCAAGGGACCAGUGACGGAGAAGAUCACCUUCUCUUAUGGCAGAGGUUGUGUCUAGCGUCCAUGUAUGUAUCGCCUAAUAUAAAAUUAAAAGUCGAUAGCGCUGGCUAACUUUAAUAUCGAAGUGCUGCGGUUGGUGUAUUGUCAUUGUAACCGCGCGUCCCUUUUCGUCGCGCUUGCUGAAUACAAAACAGAUAUUUUCCCCCUUUUGUAGCUAGCGCUCUUUAUAUGACCUUCGUGAUGUACCCGGGGGUCCAAUCUGAGGCUUUUCAUCGGUUAAUAUUAAUACUUGGUUGUGAUUCGUCUAAAGAGAGUCGAAUAGACGAGUAUUAGACUAUCCUUUGCAGCGGUUUCAGUAGGAAUGUGGUUGAUGCUAGGCUGACAUCGGUCCGUCAUGGCCUGUCCACGGCCAUGUACAUCAAGCACCAUACUUCUGUGAUAAGAUAUCUCAAAAUAACGUGCCGCCGCAAUAUAGGAAAUCGAUUAAGAACAGGAUUUAUUGAUACAGUUGAAAUUGUAAUAAAUGCGUAUACGACCGAGAUACGUAGGUGUACAUGUACAAGCGUAAAGUCGGUAGUGGGAUGUGUACUCCCCCCUGGUAGACUGCUUAAUUGAACACUCGUCAUCAUAAGUUAAUUAACACAUCAAUGGUAGAGGCCUGUAGUUUGUGGCUACUGAUGAAUAAUAAUAAUGAGCUCGAUAUGUACGUUUAUCAACCCCCUGUAAUCUGUCGCUGAACAACCCCUACGUUUAAAAUUACGGCGGUCAGGUUUUUAGUGUCGUCUAAUGAGUAUGUGAACGAUCGUUAGCGAUGAUUGUAGGGCGUUGUCUUACGGUUGUGAUGACGAUGUUGAUGAUGAAGUGCUAUCUAUCUAUAUAUUGCAUUGUAAUGUAUUUUAUCGUAUUAAUUAUUAUAGUUUACUAUCAAUUUUAGGAGAUUGUUUUUAUAUAACCAUGCCGUUUGAUUUACUUUUAUUACUAAAAUUACGAGACGUUGCAUUUUUGACAUGAUUCACAUUCGUUGUUGUGGUUACUAUUUUUGAGAUGUCGUGUUCUUGCAAUAAUAACUGUAUUGCUUUAAUAACCAUAAUACAUCCUGACACCUGUGCAUGAUUAGAUAUUAUUGCCUCCAAUGGAAAGCUGACAAAAUAUAUACUAGGCUGCAGGCUUUGUUUUGCCAAACAAUAGAGCCAAUAGGGAAACAAUAGACUUAUUCUGUAUUCUAUAUCUACGGUCGAACGCUUAUCAAGCUAAGCAGGGCGCGAAUCACAACAGAUUUAUAUGGCGUUACUUGUUUAGUAACGUUAACGUGUAUGUGUUACGUAACACACGUUGUGAUUUAAUGUGAGAAAUGUGUUUUCAUUCGCAACCAUCUCUGAGGCACAGGCUACUAAGGUAUAUACUUUAAUGGUAUUAUUGCAUAUUUUUUGCAAGGAUCUAUUUAUACCCGUAUGCUCCUCUAUCGUUGUUCAUGUGAGGUCGUAAAAUGUGAGGUAUAAAAAGCCAGCAAAUCUGUUGCUUUCGGGAGCAGCUUGUAAACAGGUGAAGCUCCAUUAACGGUCGCAACUGUUAUUUUUGGUUAGAAUCAUAUUAUCGUGAAUCGGACACGGUUUAACAGGCCGGACUUGGGUGAUGGUACCUUCCGUUGUUGUUGACGCACUGUACAUUGUACUUGUGGGACCAUGAACAAUAAAAUGUUUAAUCACACA